AUGUCCAACAGCAGCUCCAUCAGGCACUUCCUCCUGCUGGCAUUGGCAGACACGCGGCAGCUGCAGCUCCUGCACUUCUGCCUCUUGCUGGGCAUCUCCCUGGCUGCCCUCCUGGGCAACGGCCUCAUCAUCAGCGCCGUAGCCUGCGGCCACCACCUGCACACGCCCAUGUUCUUCUUCCUGCUCAACCUGGCCCUCAGCGACCUGGGCUCCAUCUGCACCACUGUCCCCAAAGCCAUGCACAAUUCCCUCUGGGACACCAGGAACAUCUCCUACACAGGAUGUGCUGCUCAAGUAUUUUUUUUUGUUUUCUGGGCAGCAACAGAGUUUUAUCUCUUGACUGUCAUGUGCUACGACCGCUACGUGUCCAUCUGUAAACCCCUGCACUACGGGACCCUCUUGGGCAGCAGAGCUUGUGCCCACAUGGCAGCAGCUGCCUGGGCCAGUGCCUUUCUCACUGCUCUGCUUCUCACAGCCAAUACAUUUUCCCUGCAUCUGUGCCAUGGCGAUGCCCUGGGCCAGUUCUUCUGUGAAAUCCCACAGAUCCUCAAGCUCUCUUGCUCCAAACAUUAUCUCAGGGAAUUUGUCCCAAUUGCUGUAAGUGUGUGUUUAAAUUUUGGUUGUUUUGUGUUCAUUGUUUUCUCCUAUAUUCAGAUCUUCAAGGCCGUGCUGAGGAUCCCCUCUGAGCAGGGACGGUACAAAGCUUUUUCCACCUGCCUCCCUCACCUGGCUGUGGUCUCCCUGUUUCUCAGCACUGCAGCGUUCGCUCAUCUGAAGCCCCCCUCCAUGUCCUCCCCAUCCCUGGAUCUGGCCCUGUCAGUUCUGUACUCGAUGGUACCUCCAGCCCUGAACCCACUCAUCUACAGCCUGAGGAACCAGGAGCUCAAGGCUGCAGUGUGGAGACUGAUGACUGGAUGCUUCCAGGAACAUUAA